GAAGAGGUGAGGUCUUGUGAGGCUGUUGCAGAGAGGGAGAGACUCGCACACCGGAGGACUGUCCCACUCACUAUCCUCUGCUGGGAUAUUCUUACACUCGCCCCUUAUUCUGCUGAGCAGUGCCUACUGGGUAUUUUUAUGUGGCUCAAUUCUUCUCUCUUUCAACACCGGAUAAAGGAAUGUUUAGGAAGAAUAGUGGGUAACACCGAAGAGCCCGAUAAAGGAUGACAUUUGGGCGAUUUGUUCCUGUUUAGAGACAGUUUGGGUCGGACAACGUGGAGGCGCACUGCGCACAUGCCCUUUUUGGAUUACCGCACUCUCUCUUCUGUUGAAUCUGUCGUCAUGAAACGUGCUGGUACAUGAAUUGAAUCCCUGCGUUCACUCGUCGCACGCCGUCGUCCCUCUUCGACCCCCGAUCCAGAUGAGAGAUCCCCCCGGUGGACCUAAACCGCUUUUACGCAGCCAGUCCCCGGAGCGCAGCGCCGCCGACGCCAGCGGUUACCUACACCGGAUAGGAGCGGAGAGACCGUCCGUUCCCACACCCGCGUCUUGUCCUUCUCCCUCGGAUCCCUCGCGCCAGGCUAAGAGGCUUCCCAUCCGGAUCGUAAAGAUGUUGACGGCGCACAGCGGCCACUUGCUGCACCCGGAGUAUCUCCAGCCUCUCACAUCCGCGCCAGUCAGCAUUGAACUGGAUGCAAAGAAGAGUCCUUUGGCUCUGCUUGCCCAGACCUGCUCUCAGAUUGGCAAACCAGACCCCCCCUCUUCUUCCAAGUUGGCCUCCCUCUCUUCAGGCAGCCUGGGUGACAAGGAGUCAUCCAGCCGGUCAUCCAAAUCUGGAGAGCAGCACCAGUCCCCGGAGGACAAAUCCAGCUUUAAACCUUACUCCAAGUCAUCAGGCGACAGUCGCAAGGAUGUUCUAGUGACAAAGGGGGCUUCAGAUAAAGCAGCUUUCAGGGUGCCAAAUGGAAGCUCCAGUGGUGGCAGUGUCUCGUGUCCAUCCUUCCCCCCCCAUUCCCAGUCACCCAGCUCCAGCUCUCCUCCACUGCACACCCAGAGCCAGCCCCACAGACAAAGCCAUUCCCCGUCCACGCAGCCACCACCACACUCCCAAGCCCACAUGGACAACAAACCCGGGAGCUCAGAGCAGGGCAGCUCGGACACUAACAACAGCAGUGUUGUCAAAAAAGACACAGAUGCGGCUAAAUCAGCGAUGGAUGGGGCUCAGUUAGCCAACUCCAGCCACAUACGGGCCAGUGCCAAUUCCAGCAAUGCUAGCUCCGCCAGCAGCCCGCGGCCGGAGAGCAAGGCUGACCUGCAGGCCUCUUCACAACCUGGCCUGGGCUCCGGGCACAUCGCCCCUGUAUCCCCUUUUAAGCAAGGACAUUCUGUUUUCCCCUUGCCUCCUGCUACAAUGGGCUACCAUGGCUCCAUUGUGGGGGCCUACGCAGGCUAUCCCUCCCAGUAUGUUCAUGGUUUGGAUCAUUCCAAGUCUAGUUUAGGGAUCGGACAUCCGGGGAAGCACCCCAGCUCCAGCCCACUCACUGGAGCCUCACCUCCAUCUCUGAUGCAGGGCUUAUGUCGGGACCCAUAUUGUCUGACCUACCCCAAUGCACCCCACCUAGGAGGCAGUAACUGCUCCACCUGUGUUCACGACCCCACAAGCCUCAAAUCUGGUUUCCCCUUGGUUUACCCUUCACAUCAUCUCCACUCCUUGCACUCCAGCUCCCUGUCCUCUAGUACCACCCCCUCCCUUUCCCACCCCCUUUACACUUAUGGUUUCAUGCUCCCCAAUGAGCCGCUGCCCCAUGCCUGUAACUGGGUAUCUGUUGGAGGUCCUUGUGACAAGCGUUUUGGAACAUCAGAGGAGCUACUUGCACACUUGCGUACACACACAUCCCUGCCUGGGAUGAUGGACAGUAAGCUGUUGUCAGCCUACCCUUCAUCAGUUUCAUCAACAGCCUCCUGCCACCUCCAUCUUCCCCCACACAGCAGCCCAGGAACUCUGCCCAGUUCCUUCUCCCUCCGAGGCUCGCCUGGUUUGGGCCUGGCCCGAUACCAUCCCUAUAGCAAAACUCACCUGCCUGGAGCCCCUGGACUUCACAUGCCAUCCCUCACCUCCUCCUCAGCCUAUUACUCCCCCUAUGCCCUCUACAGUCAGAGACUGGGCUCAGCCUCAGCCCUUGGAUACCAGUGAUGUCUGAAAAAGUGGAAAAUAGACUUUUCAGAGCAGCCAUGAAGAUGGAUUCUUGAGACUGGGGUCAUCACCAGUACAGGGCAUCACAGCUGCCAGGACUAGCACCUGUUAGCCUCAGGAUUGUGACUGGUGCUCCAAAGGUAAAAGACCCGUUGAUGGAUUGUCUGCAGCACAGAACCAUAGACUUUAGUAAAUAAAGAUGGUGGGAAGCAGAUUUUUGAAAAUAAUGAAAUUCUGGGCUUUUUUUUAUUCAACAGUUUUGAUUUGGUUGUUUGAUCCUCUAUAUCUGUCUCCCAGAACUAAAAGUCUGUAUUUAUUUUUCACUCAAGCGCUUGGUAUUCAAAUCUUCGGGGGGGGGGAGGGGUUUGUUGUCCAAAUAAAUUGUUCUUAAGUAUUCUACCUGAAAAAGAAUGAUUUAAGUAAAGUACCAUUAUGCCUAUCAUACACUCAAAAAAUAAAAACUCUUGCACCAUGAUGAAGAUGGACUAUGAGGCUUUAUUCUGGGAACCUCCUUUUUUAAUCUCAUUUCCUCUCUGCUGUCAUUUUUUUCCUUCAUAUUCAACUGUACAUUUUGAUUCUGGAGAAUUGCAUGUCCAUGAGAUUUAUCUUGAACAAUAACAGUAUUUUUAUUUGUAAAUAUGCAAAGAUGUAAUAUUUUUUCAAUCUUAUUUGGGGUCAGAAAGUUGGGUUCACAGAUGGAAAUGGUACAAAGAUAAGAUACAAUUACAUAAAUAAAAACAAAUAAUGAUGGCUGUGCUAUCCAACCAACAGGAAAAGGUCUUAUUUUGUUAAAUAAAUGAUACAUGAUUUUGA